AAGGAGUUUCCCCUGCUCAGCAUGUUCAACAUCCACGAAAACCUGCUAGAGGCUUUGUUGGAACUGCAAGCAUAUGCAGAUGUCCAGGCAGUCUUAGCAAAGUAUGAUGAUAUAAGUUUACCAAAAUCAGCAACAAUAUGUUACACAGCUGCAUUGCUCAAAGCCAGAGCUGUCUCUGACAAAUUUUCUCCAGAGGCUGCCUCAAGGCGAGGGCUGAGUACUGCAGAGAUGAAUGCAGUAGAAGCUAUACACAGAGCAGUAGAAUUUAAUCCACAUGUGCCAAAAUACCUACUAGAAAUGAAAAGCCUAAUUCUGCCCCCUGAACAUAUUCUGAAGAGAGGGGACAGUGAAGCAAUAGCAUAUGCUUUCUUUCAUCUUCAACACUGGAAAAGAGUAGAGGGGGCAUUGAACCUCUUACACUGUACAUGGGAAGGCACUUUCAGAAUGAUCCCCUAUCCACUGGAAAAAGGACAUCUUUUCUAUCCUUACCCUAUUUGUACAGAAACUGCAGAUAGAGAACUACUACCGUCAUUUCAUGAGGUUUCAGUUUAUCCCAAGAAAGAGCUUCCCUUCUUCAUCCUCUUCACUGCUGGACUCUGUUCUUUCACAGCCAUGCUCGCCCUCCUGACACAUCAGUUCCCAGAGCUUAUGGGGGUCUUCGCAAAAGCUUUUCUCAGCACCCUCUUUGCCCCUUUAAAUUUUGUGAUGGAAAAAGUAGAAAGUAUCCUGCCCUCCAGCCUGUGGCACCAGCUGACAAGGAUCUGAGGGAGCAUGCCCGCUGACUGACUGCCAUGACAUCUUCUGUGCCAACUUUUUGUUGACCACAAGAAAGCAUGAUAAAAAGGGAAGCAGUUCUAAGACUUAAAAAUUCUUCAUGGAUUGUCUGUUCUCAUAUAAAAACUGUUUUGUUGUACAAAAUACAUUGAUGUUAGGUUCUAUUAUAUUUUGCCUUCAGAAAAGAAAAAAAUAAACUUUUGUGUAUUGUA